AUGGAUAAAAGGAAAUUAUCAACUGCAGGAGACAGUCUUUAUCAAAUUCUGCAACUUCCUAAAACUGCAACGCCAGAAGAUGUCAAGAAAAGCUAUCGUAAAUUAGCUUUAAAAUAUCAUCCCGAUAAGAAUCCUAAUAAUCCAGAAGCAGCUGAUAAGUUUAAAGAAGUUAAUCGUGCUCAUACAAUUCUUAGUGACGUUACCAAGAGAAACAUAUACGAUAAUUACGGAUCACUCGGACUUUACAUUGCUGAACAAUUUGGCGAGGAAAAUGUCAACGCCUAUUUCGUUGUGACGAGCACUUGGUGCAAGUGCAAGCCGCGCCCACCGGAGGAAUCCGGUGAUUAUCAUACCCUUGAGAGGGACGAUUCGGACGGAGUUCAGGCGGUUACCGUACAACCUGGUGGCGAAGGGCGUCCUAGUGGCGAACAGGCGCCGCCCAUCGCCAUGCCUCCACCGCCAUCGACCACUAUGGGUGCCGCUACUGCCUCUGAGAACACUGGCCUCAACACAGGAAGCAGUAUUCCAAAAUACACAUGA